AUGAUGAAGGCUUAUGACCGUGUCGAGUGGAACUAUUUGGAGGCUAUUAUGACCAAGAUGGGAUUUGCACCAUCCUGGGUUGCUUCGGUCAUGAGAAUGGUUACAUCGGUGAAGUUUUCUGUUCUGUUCAAUGGAGCGGAGGGCCUUUCGUGCCUCUUCAAAACCCAACCUGAAUCAUCGCACCUCACUGGUAUUCAAGUGGCACCGACGGCUCCGCCGGUGCAGAUGAUACUGGGAGGCAAAACGCCUCGCUCGAUCCAAAACACCCGCUCCCGGGGCUUGGGUUCUUCGUGCGGCUCUGGGAGUUUCGCCUUCCCCUCGCCUGUUAGGGUUACGCCGUCGCCCCGGCCUACGCCGACUGGAUUCAACGGGGUGCGGGCGGACGCUGGAGAAGAAGGUCUCCUAGGGCCUCGCCGCCGAAUGGAUCCCGCCGCAAAGCGGGUCGCCCCAGGCAGCAAAUGGACCAGAGACCCGCAGCUCGGGGACCUCGUCCUCGCCAAGGUCAAGGGCUACCCUUACUGGCCAGCCAAGGUGUGCAGGCCGGAGGAUUGGAAGCUGCAGCCUUCUCCGCGCAAGUUCUUCGUAGUCUUCUUCGGCGCCAAAGAUAUUGCUCAUGUAGCCUUGCAAUAUCUCUUGCCAUUUACAGAAGAGGUGAAGAGUGACUUGGUAAAUCAAGCUCGAGAGAAACGAUUCCCGGUAAGACAUGCGAAGGGUCUUGAAGAAGCCUUGGUGGAGAUACUCGAGGCCUAUGAUGAACUGGCAAAAUCAUCUGAAAUUGCCAAUGGUUUGUUGCCAGAUCAAAGUCUUGAUCCCGUUGGAAAACCUACAGAGCCCCUUGUAAAAACACGUGAUGGUGGUGGGACUCCUAAACUGGAACAACUGCCAAAGUCAUCUGAAUCUGCCAAUGGUUUGUUGCCUGAUCCAACUCUUGGUCUGAUUGAAAAACCUACAGAGUCCCUUGUAAAGACACGUGACGAUGGUGGCACUCCGAAACUGGCGCAACUUCCAAAAUCAUCUGAAACCGCCAAUGUUUUGUUUCCUGAUCAAAUUCCUGAUCCGAUUGAAAAACAUACAGAGCCCCUUGUAAAGCGACCUGCUGAUGGUGGGACUCUAAAACUGGAACAAACUGAUGAUUUCCAGAAGAGGUACUCGAGCCUCAAUAGAAGAAAAAAGAGAGUUCCGUUUGCUGCCAUUGAAGAGAGGAACUUGGAGGAUCCCUAUGGCAUACCAAAAUGCAUUGCUGCGCUUGAAGGAUUGCCGGAGUUGCAAAUGGAAGAUAUACUAAAAGCAGCUGACCUCUUCAUGGAUAACAAGGGCAACAGAGAAGUCUUCCUCUCUUUUUCCAGUAGCGCAUUGCGGCUUGGCUGGUUAAGAAGAAAAAUUCACAACACCAGUGAAAUGGCUGGUUAAGAAGAAACAUUCAGUACACCUUGUGAAAUGGCCAGUUAAGAAGAAAUAUGCCCCUUGGAGAAGAUUUUUGCGUCAAUUACAAGGGUUGGUUUUGUAUGCGGUUCUAAACACACUUGUGGUACUACUAAUGCAAUGUUAAUGGUACGUAGCAAAUUAUCUA